UGGUGUUGUUGCAGACUAGCGGCGUGCGGUGGCGGGUCGCUGGGCGCGGCGCUGGUGUGCGCGCGCGCGCCCGGCCUCACGGAGCGCCAGCGGGCCAUGUGCCGCCAGUCGCCCGCCGCCAUCGCCGCCAUCGGGGAUGGCCUCAGGAUGGCGUACGCGGAGUGCCGCGCGCAGCUCGCCGGCCGCCGCUGGAACUGCUCCGGCGUCGGCGACGGACACCACUUCGGACACGUCAUGCCGCUCGCGAACCCGGAGGCAGCCUUCACGUACGCCAUCACGUCGGCGGGUGUGACGCACGCGCUGAGCGCGGCGUGCGCGCGCGGCGACCUGCCCGCCUGCUCCUGCACCACCAACCGGCGUCGCGGCUCGUCGGUGUCGGAGCAGUGGGAGUGGGGCGGGUGCGCGGUGGGCGCGUUCGGCGCGCGGCUGGCGCGGCGCUUCCUGGACGCGCGCGAGCUGGAGCGCGACGCGCGCGCGCUCAUGAACCUGCACAACAACCGCGUCGGCCGCAAGGUGAGCGAGGUGGUGAAGGAGCUGGUCCGUCGCGAGUGCAAGUGUCACGGCGUGUCGGGGUCGUGCGCGGUCCGCACGUGCUGGCGCGCGCUGGCGCCCUUCCCGGCGGCGGCGGGCGCGCUGCGCUCGCGCUACCUGCGCGCCAAGCACGUGGCGCCGCAGCGGCCCGCGCGCGCGCCCCCGCCCGCCGCCGCGCAGAGGAACCAGCCGCAUCACACGCAUCUCGUGCUUGUCAGGAGACAGAAGUCGAACCCGGGCGUGGUGCGGGUGCCGCGCAAGUCAGACCUGGUGUACCUGGAGCCAUCGCCGUCGUACUGCGAGCGCGACGACGCGGCCGGCUCGUUCGGCACGCACGCCAGGCUCUGCAACCGCACCUCCAGAGGUGAUGAUGGGUGCGAGUCCUUGUGCUGCGGGCGCGGCUACAGCACGGUGCGGCGCGUGCUGGAGAGCAAGUGCCGGUGCCGCUUCCACUGGUGCUGCCGCGUGUCCUGCGACACCUGCGUGGCGCGCACCGAGACCCACGUCUGCAACUAGCGCCAGCCCAGCGAGGGCCGGUAGGUCGUGGAGCGGCAGGCAACGAAGGAAGCAAUGCCCCUAUCUGAAUAGGACUAUUUAUCAAUGCUUGCUAUAUCGAGAUAUACCUCGAAAGCGGGGUGAACUAGUUGUGCGAUGGCUAAAAAUGAACGAUUCACAGCAGCAUCUGCAGCCGUCAGCCCUCAUGUCAUAGUGAUUAUAAAAUAAUUCCUGAAUGUAGCCAUAUUAAUGACAAUGUAACACUUAAUUAUAUUUACUUGUGGACUAAUUAACGUUUCACUUCAUUUUGUGUACUAUUGGACAUAGACGACGAUGAACAAAUAAAUCCGAACCCAAUGAUUUGCAGGCAAUAAGUGAAAUGAAGUGAACAAAGUGUUAAAUAACUAUAGUGAUUAAAUUAAUGUUUAAGUAAUUUAUUAAAUACUACACCAGUGUAAAGUUCGACAACAUUUGUGAUAACAACAUAAUAAUUAAUUUAAAUCUACUGUAAUCAAUUAAGUUAGAGUUAAAUCGUACGAACAGUGAUCAUUGUGUUAUCAUGAUUUGGAAUGUGUAUUUUAGUAUUUUAUGUAACUUGCCUCUGUACUUCCUAAUCGUAAUACUUUAUUAUAAAAUGUACACAAUAUGAUCAUGCUCACACCGCCUGACACCGCUCACAGAAUAUUCAUAUCAAACAUUAUCACGUAACCCUCGCUGUGUGCGUCGCAUCCAGAGAACCUGGUUCCUCACAUUUUGACGAAGGGCCUAACACCUCGAAUGAAAGCAAUAUUAUUGAAGCUUUAGAAGCGAGACAGUGCACUACACGGCGUACAGCGGCGUCUCGCUUCUACAACUGUAAAAGGGAUCCAAAGUUCGUGAGGACUCCUCUGCAACACCCGACGCACUCAAGGACUCGUCACACGACGCCGACAAUAAACGAUUUACCACACAAAA